GAAAUUCAAAAAAUAUCUCGGAGAAAACAAACCAGAGCGAGCAGGGGAAUGUUAUAGCACACGCACUUUUUCCAGACAGCUAUCCCAACGAGCCACCGUUUAUGUAUUCCUGGUUGGGCUGGUCCUUUGAUAGCUUCGGACUCAGUCUGCCUCCAUGCUCAGACCCUUUUGUGGUCGGGGAAUUGAUAGGCGGCGAACCCGCCGUGAGAUUGAAGUGCAACUUCGAGUACGUAUAUAUAGGUCAGGCACUUUUUGCUUUUCAAUGCAAACGCAUACACGUUCACGUAGACCUCGUACUCUGCACUUGUGCCCCUACAUCCUGCAGUACUAUCCACUAGUUGCCAUCAUGCCAAAUACCUAUGUACUCAGUCCCAGUUCUGAUCCCUUCAACCCAUUCCAAUCCAUGUUCGAUGCGCCUUACGAAGAAGGUUCUUCUGGUACCCUUGAUCGCGCGGAGGACUAUCAUGGAACAACAGGCGUCCCGGACUUGUGUGCCCCGGCGCAUAUCAGGAUUCAGUCGCGCUCAUCCAUGACGACCUUUUUACAGGCCGGUCUCCGAACCUACCAGCCAUUGCUUGCGUCUUUCGUGAGUAGCAGGGAAUUCGCAGGAACCACUAACUCUGCCGCCACGCUGAGCGAGAUCGAAUCUCAGACUCGAGCCAAAAGCGUUGGUAUCUGGUUUGAUCAAGAUCACUCGUACUUAGAGAGUCCUUCCGAGUCCUUUCCACCAUCCCUGAAAUCAAGGACGUUUCGGUGCAGCAACGCGCGCCCACUUAGUCAUCAUGGUAUAGACGAGAAGUCGAAUCGGUCUUUGCAUUUGAGUGCGUCGUUGACAACCGAUCAGAAAAGGCACUCCAGCUACCUCCCCUUGGAGUCAUUGGCGCAGAAGCUGGAAGAAGGGGUCCGGCAACAAGAGUCUAUGGUCAAGAGGGCAGCCCGAACGACAUACCAAAGCAACGAUGAGUCUCAUUCAGUGUCCAGCAAGAGCAGCAGCGUCAAUAACAACAAUCUCCAGACAAAGCCAAAGUUUAAAGCCGAGUUCUGUGUCAAGUUUCGGGAGCGAGGUUACUGUUCCUUUGGUGAACGGUGCCAAUUUGUCCACUACGAGCAUGAACUCCAACGGCGGAGUCGCGCCAUGACCUACAAGACUCGGACCUGCUGGAGUGGCGGCGAUUGUCCGUAUCAGCAGAACCAUGCUCGGUGUAUUUAUCUGCACGGCGGUGAGACACCGGAAAUGUUCGAUGAGCAGAGAGGGAUCAGCUUUGCGAAGGUCAAGAAGAUUUUGGCGAAUAAGGAGAUGAGGCAGAUAACUCGCCAGCAGCAACAGCAGCAACAGCAACCACAGUUGCAUGCUCCUGUGGCACAUCGCAGUUUGGAGCGGUCGGUACUGCCGACACUGGACGAGAGGACUGAUACGUGUGUCCAUGGACAAGAGGAUGCUCAAAUGUCACCUAUCGAUCUCGCCGUCAAUCCAUCCAUAGAACCACCACACAUUCCAGGCCAUUUUCCGCCCAAGGCAGUGAACGCCCUUCUUGUGGAUACCGAAGUGCAGUUGAGGACUUUAGAGUUAUCAUCUGCGAGAGCCGAUCCACCAGCAGUUUUGUUUCCCCGCCUUGGAACGAGCGCGUUGUCGCUUUCCGUCUCAAGUGUUACCAAGUCCUCUCGCGUGUUGAAGCCUCCAGUGAUCUGUCCAUUGCGCAUCCAUACGUCUAUAGCAAUGCCUCUCUCUACGCCCGUCAGCCCAGUAGGCCAUUACAGGUUGUGGUGAAAUAUCGUAAAAGAUAUCGCGGAAGCAUUCUAGUCGAUAUCGAGUUGGAGCAACGAAUAUGAUAUGAUCAUGUAUAUUUUUCUGUCGAUGCAUUUUAUUUAAUCCUUUCCCAAGGGAAUCCAGUCGGCUCAAACUCUGGACGGUUGUGCAACAGCAUGACCAACCACUCU